AAAAUUAAAAGAAAAAUCAAAUUUGAAAAGCCACUCUAAUUCCACGAAAUUUCUACUGGUACUACAAAUCAAUAGUUUGGUUUUUUGCAUUUAUUUCAUGUUUACAACCUUUAUACAUAAAAACACAAACAAGACUCGACUUGUUUACAGUGAAAACUUGAACAAAACCAAACAAAAGAACAACAAACACUGUUUGUUGAAUCUUGAAUCUUGAAUCAUCAUCAUCACCACCUCCCAAUUCAAAAUUGCAUUAAUAACUCCUUCGGUGAGUUUUGGCAGUUGUGGCAGUUGAGUGCAUAACACUAACACUACCACACUCUUCCUCUAAUUAAUGCACUACCUCAAUCCCACCAAUUCCCUUCAUACACAUUUAAUGUUUUGUCACAAAAUUUUCACUUCAAUUCCAAAACAACACUCUUUUUUUUGUCACAACCAUAUUUUAUCCAUUCCAUCCUUAAACCUUGAUGGUUGUGUUUUAUGAAGACAACUACUCAUAUAAACAACAAAACAAAAACAACAGAAACACAAGACAUUCUUGUAGUUUACAACGUUAAUGGUUCCUUCUUAUAGACCGAGUCAGAGUGAAGUUUAACAACUUGUCAUAAUUAAAGAUGAAGCUGAGAUUGCAAAGAGCAGAGUGAAGUGAAGUGAAGUUUGUUAGAGUUGGAAAUGAAAAUGAAGAGUGGAAUAACAGUGAGUGUUGUUAUGGUAUUGUUUUUGUUAGUAGAGUUAACAGUGAGUUUGAGUUCAAGAACUGAAUGGUCAGCGUUAUUGGAGCUUCGUUCAUCGAUGGGGAUAAGGGGGAAGGAGUGGCCUAAAAAAACUGAUCCAUGUCGGAACUGGACCGGUGUUGAGUGCCGGAACGAUCAAGUUGUUGGUAUCAAAGUGGCUGGGUUGAAUAGAACCCACAAAGGUCGUCUUAACCCGAGUUUUGAAGUUGAUGCUCUUGCAAAUUUCACACUAUUGGAGUCUUUCAAUGCUUCUGGGUUCAUGCUCAAUGGUUCUAUUCCUGAGUGGUUUGGUGAGAAGCUUGGUGCACUAAAAGAGCUUGAUUUAAGGUCUUGUUCAAUAUCUGGUGUGAUUCCUGGUUCACUUGGGGGCAUGAGAAGUUUGAAGAAGUUGUUUCUUUCAAGGAACAAUCUUACUAGUAGAGUGCCUUCAGGUUUGGGGUUGUUAUCUAAUCUUUCUAUUCUUGAUCUCUCUAGGAAUUUGCUUUCAGGAUCAGUACCUGAAUCUUUCUCUAAGCUCGGUAACAUUACAAGGCUUGAUCUUUCAAAUAAUUAUUUAUCUGGCUCUAUUCCACCUGAACUAGGUACCCUUUCAAAUCUUCAAAAUUUGAACCUUUCUAACAAUUCUUUCACUUCUUCGCUUCCCUCUCAGCUAGGUAAUCUUUCAAAGUUGGUUGAACUCGAUCUUAGUAUGAAUUCUCUUUCUGGGCCGUUGCCGGGUAGUUUGUUGUCAAUGCCUAAGUUGCUAAUAUUUGAUGUAUCAGAAAACAGUCUCACUGAUCCACUACCAAAAUUGUCUGGUUUAAAUGUUAGCUCAGGUGGCAUAUUCAAUCUAUCAAACAAUUUGUUUUAUGGACCUGUGAAUGGUUUUAUGAACAAGAUUAAAACGAUUGAUUUGUCCAGUAAUUAUCUGGAAGGUGAUGUGCAAGGUGAUGGUGGUAGUCUUAGUGAUGUUGCUUUAGCCAGAAAUUGCCUACAGAUGAUUUCAAACCAGAGAAAUUUGGAAGAGUGUAGAAUGUUUUAUGUCCAGAGAAAUUUAACCUUUGCUUCUGGUGGCCAUGAGUCCAAGAAAAACAAACGAUUGAUAUUCAUACUGGCAGGUAUAUUUGGUGGGUUUGGCUUUAUUGUGCUACUGGUACUGGUCCUCAUAUUGGUUCUGAAACAAUGUCAUAAGAGUAAAAAUUUGGAAAUUGAAAGAGGGACCACAAAUGGGGGGCCUGUUACAGAAGGGGAAAGUCCUAUACCUAAGGAUCCCGUUUUUGUAACUGCCGUGGGAGAGUCAUUUACUUUUGAACAAAUUCUCCAUAUGACUGGCAAUUUUGACGAAGCAAACUUAAUAAAGCAUGGUCAUUCUGGAGACUUUUUCUGGGGAGUUUUGGACAAUGGAGCAACAGUUGUUGUCAAAAGGGUAGAUUUAAGCUUAUUUAAGAGAGAAUCUUACAUGGUAGAAUUGGGAUUAUUGAGCAAGGUUUCACAUGCAAGAUUGGUCCCAAUCCUAGGACACUGCAUGGACAAUGAGAAGGAUAAAUGUAUAGUUUACAAGUAUAUGUUAAAUGGAGAUUUGGCUACUUCCUUGCACAAAGUCCAUGAUUCAGAUGGAAAAUUGCAGUCCAUGGAUUGGAUCACAAGAUUGAAAAUUGCAACAGGAGUUGCUGAAGGCCUAGCUUACCUACAUGAUUGCAGCCCUCCCCUUGUUCACAGAGAUAUCCGAGCUAGUAGUAUACUUCUUGAUGAUAAAUUUGAAGUGCGACUUGGAAGUUUAAGUGAGGUCAUUGCCCAAGGGGAUCUUCAUCAGAAUGCUGUGUCAAGAGUUUUCAGCAAGCCAAUGUCUUCUAAUCAAGGCAAUUCUGGUAAAUCAUCUGUAACAUGGGCCUAUGAUGUCUACUGUUUUGGGAAGAUUUUACUCGAGCUUGUUACCGGUAAUAUUGACAUCAGCAAAUCAGAUGAUGCCACGACAAAGGAUUGGUUAGAGCACACCUUGUGCUACAUCACCAUAUUCGAUAAAGAACGAUUGACUAAGAUUGUUGACCCGACUUUGAUAGUGGAUGAGGACCUAUUGGAAGAGGUAUGGGCUAUGGCAAUUGUGGCCAAGUCAUGCCUGAAUCCUAAGCCUUCCAAACGUCCUCCAAUGAGACAUGUCCUCAAAGCACUUGAAAAUCCAUUGAAGAUUGUUAGAGAAGAAAGUUUUAGUUCAGCAAAACUGAGAACAACUUCAUCUAAUAGAUCUUGGAGCACUGCAUUCUUUGGUAGCUGGAGACACAGUUCAUCAGACAGUGGCGCUACCAUAACACAUACAAAUAGGGAGGGUUCUAGUGGCAAUAAACAAACAGGAAGAGUAGGUUCUCAUGGUAGUGGUGGCAAUGAUCACUCUUCUUCCAAUAAAAGGUCAUCCAAUGAAGUUUUCCCUGAACCGUUGGGAAUGCAAGACGUGGAGAGUGGAGAGGCAAAGUGAAACACUUAGGAAAUGCACUUGGUUAUUCUUUUAUCGGUGAGGUUUUUACCUCUUUUCAGGUAAUUACUCGCGCCAUAGCAAGUGCUUGUUAUUGGCAUACAAAUUUUGCCUAAGCUGGAAUCCAUUAUGGUCCAUCACCACAAAUGGUGAUGCAAUUAAAAACCUUGCUGCUACAGUUCAUGAUUGUUUUUGCUUUCUAAAGCUGAUUAAGUUGAACCCCUUGAGAUUCUGUUGCCUAAAGAGCUUUGGUAAAAUCAAGCAAUUUUACUCAUACUCUAUUUGUUUAAAGCACCCACCUCUUCUUGUAUGUCGAUGAAUGUGCGACAGAUUGUAAAAAGUAAUAAGAGGGUUUUCGUUUUGUGAGGAGUUGGAAAGUGAUGAAAACUUUGUAUUUCUAAUGGAAUUUUAAUAUAGGUAGGUAAUACGUAUCUAAGUAGCAUUGGAAGUCUUCUUGAGAUUUAAGGCAGAGUGGUGAGCGCUUGAGAAAGAAGCACAAAAGAUUUGUUUUCACAAAACAUUAGUUAACUUGUUUUGGUGGAUCAUUUGCUUGUUCUAUAUUAGCUAGGAAGUUAGUCAAACUAAGUUGUUUUAUAUUGUUUUCAAA